UUUUCCUGCGCCGCCAUCUUGGAAGUGGCGGUGGGACUGAGCGAGCCCGCGAGCUGCGGGGGGGGCGGUCCCGGGACCAUGGCAGCCGCCGCCAACCCGGAAAUGGCAUCGGAUGUUCCCUCUUUGAGUGCAGCAGUUGCUUCUGGGAACCCUGGACCCGGUACACAGGCUGGAGUAGCCAUUGUCCAGAGGACAAACAAGAGACGACCAGGGCUUGAUUUUGAUGAUGAUGAUGAUGAUGAAGAAGAAGGGAGCAAAUUCCUCAGAUGUGAUGAUGAUCAGAUCCCAAAUGAUAAAGAGAGAUUUGCCAGGUCUGAUGAUGAGCAGAGUUCAGCGGAUAAGGAAAGACUUGCCAGGGAGAAUCACAGCGAGAUAGAGCGCAGGCGUCGGAACAAGAUGACCGCCUACAUCACGGAGCUGUCAGACAUGGUGCCCACCUGCAGCGCCCUGGCUCGCAAGCCUGACAAGCUGACUAUCUUGCGUAUGGCUGUGUCUCACAUGAAGUCUUUGCGGGGCACUGGCAACACUUCCACUGAUGGCACCUACAAACCCUCCUUUCUCACUGAUCAGGAACUCAAACACUUGAUUCUAGAAGCAGCCGAUGGCUUUCUGUUCAUAGUGUCUUGUGAGACCGGAAGGGUGGUAUAUGUCUCGGACUCCGUGACUCCCGUCCUGAACCAGCCGCAGUCCGAAUGGUUUAGCAGCACUCUGUACGACCAGGUGCAUCCUGACGAUGUGGACAAACUGAGGGAGCAGCUCUCCACCUCGGAGAAUGCUCUGACAGGCCGAAUCCUUGAUCUAAAGACUGGGACAGUCAAGAAAGAAGGCCAGCAAUCCAUGAGAAUGUGCAUGGGCUCAAGGAGAUCCUUCAUAUGUCGAAUGAGGUGUGGCAACAGCUCAGUGGAUCCAGCCUCCAUGAAUAGACUGAGCUUUGUGAGGAGCCGAUGCAGGAGUGGCUUGGGUGCAGUGAAAGAUGGGGAUCCCCAUUACGUGGUGGUGCACUGCACAGGGUAUAUAAAAGCCUGGCCCCCAGCAGGUGUCUCAUUGCCAGACGAUGACCCGGAUGCUGGCCAGGGGAGCAAAUUUUGCCUUGUGGCCAUUGGCAGACUACAGGUCACUAGCUCACCCAACUGCACAGACCUGAACAGCAUUUGUCAGCCAACUGAGUUCAUCUCCCGACACAACACCGAAAGCAUUUUCACCUUCGUAGAUCACCGCUGCGUGGCUACAGUUGGCUACCAGCCACAGGAACUCUUGGGGAAAGAUAUUGUGGAAUUCUGCCACCCAGAAGACCAGCAGCUUUUGCGAGACAGCUUUCAGCAGGUGGUGAAGUUAAAAGGCCAGGUUCUGUCAGUCAUGUUCCGAUUCCGGUCCAAAAACCGUGAAUGGCUCUGGAUGAGAACCAGCUCCUUUUCCUUCCAGAACCCCUACUCAGAUGAGAUUGAGUACAUCAUCUGUACCAACACCAACGUUAAGAACUCAAGCCAAGAGUCUCGGCCUGCUGUGUCUAACUCGAUGCAGCGGCCACAGCAAGGACAGAAUGUCAGCCUCCCCCUGGACAUGGGCACAGCUCAGCUGGCGUCAAGGCAGCAGCAGCCACAACAGACUGCGUUGGAAGUGGUCCCAGGAAGAGAGAGUCUGUCCGGUUAUGACCACUCACAGGUUGCUGUCCAGCCUGUGACUGCUGCUGGCCCAGAACGCAGCAAACCACUGGAGAAAACGGAGGCUCUGUUUAGUCAGGAGAGGGACCCACGGUUCAGUGAAAUCUACUCCGGCAUCAAUACAGAUCCGAGCAAAGCCCUUCCUGCCAGCGCAGUGCCGGCCAAUCAGCCGCUCUUCCCCCAGGGAAACACUUUCACUCCUGCGCGGCCCACCGAAACUUUCAGGAGCAGUAGCAUGGUACCCCCUGUCAUCAACAUCCAGCAGCAGCCUGCUUCAGCAGGCCAGAUUUUAGCACAGAUUUCUCGCCACUCCAAUACCACUCCAGUCACUGCAACCAACUGGGUGUCGGCGACACGACCGUCGUUCACGGCACAGCAAGUGGCUUCCCAGACCGCAAAGACUCGAUCCCCUUCAUUUGGAAUAGGGAGUUUCCAAGGCACCCCUUCCUCUUUCAGCCCAAUGUCAGCACCUGGUUCCACAGCUUCCCCGGGCGGGGCUGCUUAUCCACCCCUCGCCAACCGCGGCACAGGCUUCGCCACUGAAACCAGGCAGACCCCAGCCCAGUUCCAGACACGGACAGCGGAAGGAGUUGGCAUGUGGCCUCAGUGGCCAGGACAACACCACGGGCGGAGCUCUGGGGAGCAGCAGCACGUCCAGCAGCAGCCGAGCCAGCCUGAGGUCUUCCCAGACAUGCUGUCAAUGCUGGGAGACCAGGGAACCAACUACAGCAGUGAAGAAUUCCCAGACUUAAAUAUGUUCCCUGCCUUUUCAGAAUAAAAUUAAAAAACAAAACCAAAAAAAAAGCCCUUAUAUAAAUAUCUACGUGCAAAGGAAAAAGCACCUAAGUCUUUUUUCUCAGACCCUUGAACUUUCUAAACACUUCCUACUUCCUGGAGGUGGAAAUUUCCAACCAAGAAUCCAGAAUGGACAGCUUGUCCCGAAGGAGGAGGCGGGGUCUCUGCAAUGCUGCCAGCCCUGCGUGGAAGAUGCGUGGGAUUGUUCAUCAGGCGGCGUCAGGACUCAUGAAGCAUUGGCGAGUGCAGGAGGGAGACUCCCACAGACUGCGGGAUGCCUGCAAGAGGCUUACUCUGUGCACUGGGUUGGGAGGAGAGACUCCUGGCUCCUUCAGAAAACACCUCCCAAAGUUCAUGAGGUGUUUUUUUUAAAAGUUUCAGUCUUCGAUACCGUGACUUUUUUAAAGACUUAUUGUAACUGCUUAAACAUUGGAACCUUUUUCUCAAAUGUUACCCUAGGAUCGAGUUAUAAAGGGUUAACACACGCUGGGGAUUACAAAUCCUUCUUGGUUUACCCAGCCUUUCUCAUUGGGACUGCAGGUCACCUCAGCAAGGAAGCUUUUGUGUCAUCUCUCUGGAGAGGAAAGAAUAGGGUUAUUACAGGCUCCCCGGCUUGUGAUCGGGGUGUGUUUGAGGAGCUUCCAUGUUCAGGGGAGCUUAGCUUUGGAAGAACGUGUUUGUUUGAAAUCCCAUCUCUCUUCCAUAAACAGUGCAAUUAAUAUGGGUAUUUUAGUUAGCAUGACCUAUAAACUUGGGGAUUUUUCAUUCACUUAAAGAUGGGAAAAUAAUGAGCCAUAAAGUGUUAAAUAAUCAUAUGUAGCUUUGCUUUCUAGAUGCACCAGUCCACAAGUGAUGGCUUCAGUGCUGCCAUAAGCCAGUGUUAAACGGGUUUCCAGUGAGUGUAUCUAUUAAGACUAACGUGGCACCUUUAGUGCAACGUUACCAUUUUUAUCUCCUUUCCCACAAUCUCCAUUUCUGAGUUGUAGGCUCAGCUCCUGUUGGAAACAGAGUCUUCUGCCUCUCUCGCUUCUGGGUAAGGGAAUCUGGUAAAUAGCCAAGAGUUGUGCUCUUCACUCAGCUAUCAGAGUGGCAAUCUCCAGUCUGAUGUUCACUGAUCCCUUGAAGAACUUCUUACUGCCAGGUGCUGAUCUAUUGCCAAAAUACAGAAUGGAGGAGAGCGAGACAAGUAUUUAAUUUGAAGAUUCAAGCCUUGUGUUCACGUUUUCUGGCACCUUCCCUGGAAAAACUUGUGGCAAACUUCACGCUCCCUCCUGGCCCUGUUUUCCAAAAAAUGAUGGUGAAACCGUGCCCAUGGCAAGAAUUUGCUGCUUCCAUUCAGUAAGUAGAUCUGUCUGCUGUUGUGUUCAACACUUGGAAACUAACUCUCCAAUGCUUUGGUGGACAAACAGAAUCUUUCCUGAAAAGGGAAAUCUGUUUUUCUUCAGGAUUAAAUCUGUUGGAAGCUGGUCUUGUUCCUUUAAAGCAUGCACACUGCUCCAGUUAAGUGAGAUUAGGGAUACUGACCACCUGGAAUGCCCUGGGGUGACCAUCCUUCAGCCAGUAAGGUCAGAGCUAGACAAAUAAUGGAAUUUCCACUGGUUGGCAAUUUUGCAAAAGUAAAGAAGAAAUUUGGCUGGGUCAAAUUUAUCAUUUCAUUUUGAUGGUGAGCAAUUUCAAGCUUCUGAGUUUAAAAAAAAAAUCAAAGGAAAUUUUGAAACUAAGUUCUUUGGAACUAAUAUUUCAACCUUUUAAAUAAAAUGAAAUAAGACAUUGAAUUUUUUUUAUAAACAAAACAGAGAACUGAAUGCAAAUUCCAAGUGUUUCAUUGGUGCAGAAUAUGCAUUUUUCAUAGAAGAAUUUUUUGUGCAAAUAAUUAGGGGGAAGGAUAGCUCAGUGGUUUGAGCAUUGGCCUGCUAAACCCAGGCCUGUGAACUCAAUCCUUGAGGGGGCCACCUAGGGAUCUGGGGCAAAAAUCAGUACUUGGUCCUGCUAGUGAAGGCAGGGGGCUGGACACAAUGACCUUUCGAGGUCCCUUCCAGUUUUACGAGAUUGGUAUAUCUCCAAUUAUUACUAUUAAUAAUUUUGCCAAGCUCUGAUGGCAAGAUUGUCAAAAGGAAGGAUGUGGUCUUUGUCGGACUAGUAGAUCUUGCGGCAGGUGAGGGUGGAGCAGUGUUGAGGGGGAACCUUUGCCAGCUCACAUAUACCCUCCAAAGAGCAGAUUUCCGAGACUUGGAGGGCAGGUAACCUCUCUCUGUGGAAGUAUUGGAGCAAAACACAUUGGUGUGAAUAACUGUUGUAAAGUGCGAUGUGACGUUUCAAUAUCUUCUGUACCCUGCCAGAGAUGAUAUUGACACUAGGAUUAGAAGAACCAAACCUAUACUGUAUUCUCACGCUUUCGUUGGUGAAACAGUGUUCAGACACUAGUGACCUUGGUCAGAUCUUCAAAAACUCCGAAGUCCUGUUUCAAAAGUGAUUCAAACAAUCACUUAUGAGCUUUUGAAAAUUUUACCCAUAUACUUAAUCUGCUCUCUGCUGGGUGGAUUAUAAGGGUGGGGAGCUGAGCUAACAGCAAUAACUGCAUUUGGCUCUUCUCUUCGGCUCUGGCAGUUCACCGUGUUCCAAAUAACUUUAUCACAAGCUCUUUGGCUGUGCAGCCAGGGGGUUUUCUCAGGCUUAGAGCAAAUCUGUUUUGUAAAGUUGUAACGUGUUAACUCUCCCAGGUAUUGCUGCACAGUAUGGCAGUGUCUGCCUGUGAGUUAAUUGGCAGGGCUUGGGAGUUAACUUGUGUUAACAGGAUGGCAGAAGCAUGCGUGUGAAAAUGACUAGAACUGUGUCUGUCACAUCUCCCGAAUGGUAAAGCUGUAGUCACUUUACCAGUCUCAUAAAGGUGAAGGCAGCUCUAACCUUGAAAAUCAGAAUGAACCUGUUGACAAAUGCUCUGAAACUAUAUGGCCAUAAGGAAAAAAAACCUGUUUCUACAGAAAUCAUGUACUGUAUGCACACUAUUGUAACACGAUAUUGAAGAGAAACUCAACCUUUUUUCAUUCUACCGCUAGAAUCUUUCCUGGGGCUUGCGUGGGGUGGGGAGAUCACUUAAUAAGGUCAGUUGCUUGGCUUUGUUUUUGCAUCAUUUUCUGCAGUCAGUUCUCUCCAGUGGUGCUCUGAAUUUCCCAUCUCUAGGCAGAGAGCAGGGCACAUGCGUGGCCAGACGAGCUCCUGCUAGCUGGGUAACGACCUUCUCCACCAUCACAUUCAUAACUCCUGGGUGACCAGGUUUGUUUGUUUCUUAGCUGGGCUGCUACCAGCAAGGGGGAGAACUUGGCUCUUAAGCCGAGAUGAUGGCCCUUGCCAAGGGAAACUUGCCACAAUGAUGGCUUGAGCGCCAUCAGCCCUGACCUGGGGGAACCAUUUUCCCCAGGAGGUAGCAUUGCCCCCGCUCUUGUUGCUCAGUCGUGGGCCCUUUUGUGCGAUGUGUGUUGUCUGCAGGGGAAAAAAAAGGACGCACGUCACUGACUCAGCGCUGUUGUGUGGGACAAGAGUCCCAGAACCUACAUCAGGCUCCUAGCUCACAGCACCUUAAUGCAGUGGGAUGCAGACAACUCCCUGGCCAUCCAGUAGACCAGAGGUUCCCAAACUUUUCUUAUUGGCUACCCUCUUCCAGAUCUGCCAGCUGCCCGUAAACUCCUACUCUUCUCAGCACUGAUACUUUGUUCUUAACACUACCUGCCUUGAGCCAUCUGUCCAUAUUUCACUGUUACAUACAGCUAUAGUUAUACUGCGAUAUAGACAACCAAAAAAACCCACCCUAAGUUCUGAGCUCAGUUAGAUUGGACAGUUGCUAAGCAACUGAACCCACGCUGUACCAUGAUUGGAGGUGAGGGCUCUGUACAUCAGCAACUCUGUUCUCAUUGGUAUAUCUUGAAGUUAAAUUACCUACCGUAUUGUAUAUAACAAAUUCCCACAGAGUUUUAAAGCUUCAUCUGAGUAGCCUGGUAUGAAAAUGCAAUAGAUAAAAUCCACUGUUACACAAUUUCUCCCACGUACCCCCAGAGAUGUCUUGCGUACUCCCAGGGAGACGUGUAACGCACUUGGGGAACCCCUGGUGGUGGUGGGCUUAGUUUGGUGAUCCAAUACUGCAGUGUUGGGGUCCAUAUUAGUACUUUAUAGACUGUAAACCUGAUUUAAAGGACCCAGUAGGGAGGAUUCAGCAGCUCUGGUGGGGCAGCCAGCCAGCCAUAACUGGUGGGAAGCCCCUCUCCUCUUAGAGCUCAGACUUCAUGGGGUUUGACCUUGCAUUCCAUGGAAUUAAAUCAGUGCAGGGAUGAGGCUUUAAGAGCCUGAUCUUGUGACAUCUUACAUCCCAUGGGAGUUGCCAGUUGUGCUCACCCUCCUGUGGAAUGACACCCUGACCCUACACAUGUAGUAUACCCUGUGUGCCUGCAGAUUACACCACGACCUAACUGAAUUGUCACCUGGCAGCCCAGCUUAGAAACCAAAAAACAGCUCUGUUUUUGCCAUGCAGGUGAAAAGGGCUUGCGUGAAAUUUCCUUCCCUGCUCUGGAUGCAAAGGAGGCGCAAAGUCUUAUUAAAACAAAAAGUCCGGUAGGCUAACUGAGAAAAGGUUGACUUUCACUCGAGUCCUGUUUUUGAUAAUCAAAUAUUUUUAAAUGUGAGUAUUUUAUUGUACAGUUUGGUUGGGGAGGGGCGGGGGACGGGAGAUGCUAAACGUUUGUUCUUUUUUUAAAUGUUCUGUACUGAAGGCUUUGUGUUGUGACAGAGGUUGCAAAUAAUUAUAUGUAGCAGAGAUUUUACAAGAAGAUAUUUUUUUCCUUUUUAAAA